UUUUGCAUUUUGCUGCGCACCUUGAGGCUCUGAUUUGCUAGUGAUUUGGAGGUUUUAGUGCAAGUAUAGGACAAAAAGAUCUAGUUUCGUAAAUUUCGUUCGCCCAUUCACUUUAAAUUUACAUAAAGCACAACUCUAGAUUAACAUACCCGCUAUGGCAAGCCAAACGCAAGGAAUCCAGCAAUUAUUGGCUGCGGAAAAGCGAGCUGCUGAAAAAGUGGGCGAAGCUCGAAAAAGAAAGCAGCGUCGUCUGAAGCAAGCUAAAGAAGAAGCUCAGGAUGAGAUUGAGAGAUACAGACAGGAACGGGAGAGGCAAUUCAAAGAGUUUGAAGCGAAGCACAUGGGUAGUCGUGAGGGUGUUGCUGCCAAGAUCGAUGCCGACACUGUUAUCAAGAUUGAGGAAAUGAGCCGUUCGAUUUCGGUCAACAAGGCUGCUUUAAUCGACGAGAUUCUCACACUAGUGUACGACAUCAAGCCACAACUGCACCAAAAUUUCCAAAUUGUGGACAAGAAGUAAAAAUAUGAUGGUCCGCUGUUUUAAAAUUAUGCAUAGUGUAGUACGCUAGGCGAGUGCAGAAGCAAACCACAAAAAUGCUGGCCAACAACAUGAAAUAGUAAUUUUAAAUCUAUCAUCGCCACUCUGAAUGUUUUCCCGAAAGAUACAAUGUGCUGUAAAUAGUUGUUUCCAACAGUUUCGUGUAUCAAUAUUAUUCACGACUGGCUUUUUUCGAUAAUUUCAUACAGGUUCUGUUAAUGAUAAGGUUUUAUUCGUAUUUAUUCGACAACAUGUAUUACCUACAACAGUCCCGCAUCAUCAGCGUUAGUGUUAAUAUCGUAAAUCGAAUUUAGGCAGCCAUUACUUGAGAUUCACUGCAUGAUAAGCGGAAACAGUACAGUGCAUAGUAUUUAUCUACUAACUAAACAAAAAAGACAUGACAAUAUUUCUCUAUAUGAAUGUUUAAAAUUAAUCUCCUCAGUCAGCAAACAAUCGGCUUGGGUUGGAAUGCGAUUAAUGGCAAUUUGUUCGAGCUGUAGUUGCGCAAACAUUGUGAAUCUCUCGUCUAAAAUAAACGUACCUACAUGCCGCAUGAAAAAAGUCACAUCAAGAGCUCUAUUAAUGUUUAUUUUAUUGUUGGGCAGUCGAAACAGUUCACAAGGAAAUGGUUUUCUGUUAUGUUACAAUCGAUUAUUGAAAACUAACGUAUGCAAUAGAAAGAAAAUAGUGCAAGAUUAUUGGAAUACAGUACAGCCAUGUAAAGUAUAUGAAUUAAACCUAUUACGAAAUAAAUAUAUCGUUAUCGACAAA